AUGACACAUAAAAAAUAUAAUAUUAAAGAUCAAACACCUAAAUUUCUUGAAUUAUUUUUUCUUAAAUCUAAUAAUGAUCUUAUUCUAGAUGAAUAUUCAUGGGAUAAUUGGCCAUAUACAUUAACAAUUAUUGAAAAUAUUGAUUAUUAUAUACGUAUUAUAAUACAAAGUUAUUAUAUAAAUAAUAAUUUAUCAAUUAUAAAUAAUAAUUCACAAUUAUAUUUUACACUUAAUGAUGAACAAAUAAAAUCAUUAAAAGAUUAUGAAAUAAUUAAUAUUGCUGAAAGAUUAGAUGAAAAAAAAGAUUAUCGAUUAGAUGAAGAUCCAACACGAAAUUCAUCAAUAAAAAAACCAAAUAUAUUACCAUUACAAUUAAAUACAAAAUGGUAUGAAAAUUGGCCAAAUAAUCAAUCAUCUAUGUGUGUUUAUAAAUUAAUUGAACUUAAUAUAUUUAAUGAAAAUAAUGAUGAAAAAUCAUUUUUUACAAAAACAACAAAUAAAAUUUUAUGGUCAUCAAUAAUCAAAGCACAAAAAAUGAUUUAUCAUCGUUUUCAUCAAAAAAUGAUUACUAAUAUUGAUAAAUGGAUUGAUAAAACAUUUUCAGAUAUUUAUGAAGAAGAAAGAUUAUUAAAAAAAUAUAUUUUACAACAACAAAUUCAAUUAAUUGAUUUAAAUAAAUAA